AUGGAAGAAGAAAGUGUGACAAGAAUUUUACCUGACAUUCUGGCUAUGCAGAUGGAGGAAGAGACCAUUACCAAGGAAUAUGAGCAACCUGUAGAAGCUGGGAAUGGAAGAGAGCCUCCAGAAAUAGCGCGGCAGCCGCAGCGGGGGCGCCCCCGCCGUCACGGCCCCUGCGCUGGGGCAGCCGCCCUCGCUCCCUCUGCUCUUCUUGCCUUCGCUCGCACCACGGCUGAUCAGUUGACCGAAGAACAGAUUGCUGAGUUCAAGGAAGCUUUCUCCCCAUUUGACCAAGCUGGCGAUGGCACCAUCACAACAAAGGAACUUGGAACCGUCAUGAGGUCACUGGGUCAGAACCCAACAGAAGCCGAGGUGCAGGAUAUGAUCAACGAGGUGGCUGCUGACGGAAAUGGCACCAUCGACUUCCCAGAAGUUUUGACUCUGAUGGCUAGAAAAAUGAAAGAUACAGACAGUGAAGAAGAAAUCCGCGAGGCAUUCCGAGUCUUCGACAAGGAUGGCAACGGUUACGUCAGCGCGGCGGAGCUACGUCACGUCACGACCCACUCAGGAGAAAAACUAACAGAGGAAGAAGUAGAUGAAACGAUCAGAGAAGCAGUUAUGGAUGGAGAUGGGCAAGUCAACUAUGAAGAAUUCGUACAGAUGAUGACUGCAAAAUGAAGGCUUACUUUCAACUCCUUUCCCCCCUUCUAGAAGAAUCAAAUUGAAUCUUUUAUUUACCUCUUGCCAAAAAAAAAAAGUUCAUUUACUCAUUCUGUUUCUAUAUAGCAAAACUGAAUGUCCAAAGUACCUUCUGUCCACACACACAAAAUCUGCAUGUAUUGGUUGGUGGUCCUGUCCCCUAAAGAUCAAGCUACACAUCAGUUUUACGAUAUAAAUACUUGUACUACCUUAAUGAUAAGGAAGCACCUAAUGGACUCCUUGCAGUUCCAUUUGCUCAUUAUUAAUACACUGUUUGGACUGGCCAGUUUUUCAUGCAUGCAGCUUGACAAUUGAGCACAGUCAGGCAUUUGUAUUAAAAACAAAAAAUGAAAAAAACAAAUUUAAAACUUCUUCAAAUGGGUUCUAGUUCAGUUUGUUAGUAUAAGUUGUCAGAGCUGGUUUACUGAAAACAAAACAUUUAAAAUUGGUUUACCUCAGGAUGCUGUGCAGAAAAAUGGGUGAAGGAUAACCUGUCUAGACGCAGCCCCACUUAGCAGGACGACCCUCUCGUACUUCCGGGCGCCCCCACCCAUGGUGACCAUGACACUCAUCCUGGUGGCAUGCCGUGUGUGUUGGUUUAGCGUUGUCCCGUGUUGUCUUAGAGCGAAAUGGGUGUCAGGCUGUCACCAUUCACACACAUUUUUUUUUUUUUAAA